AUGGCCUCCGCGACCUCAUUCUACGAAUUUGAGCCCGUCGACAAGAAGGGCGAGGCUUUCCCCCUCACCUCCCUCAAGGGCAAGGUCGUCCUCGUGGUGAACACCGCCUCCAAGUGCGGCUUCACCCCGCAGUUCGAGGGCCUCGAGAAGCUUUACCAGACCAUGAAGACCCGCUACCCCGACCAGUUCACCAUUAUCGGAUUCCCCUGCAACCAGUUCGGCGGCCAAGAUCCUGCCUCCAACGACGAGAUCCAAUCCUUCUGCCAGCUCAAUUACGGCGUGACCUUCCCAGUUCUCGGCAAGCUCGACGUGAACGGCAGCGACGCCGCUCCCAUCUUCACCUGGCUGAAGGAGCAGAUGCCGGGCGUUAUGGGCUACAAGCCCAUCAAGUGGAACUUUGAGAAGUUCCUGGUUUCCGCCGAUGGAAAGGUCGUUCAGCGCUGGAGCAGCUUGACCAAGCCGGCUUCCCUUGAGGAACCGAUCCAGAAGGAGAUCGAGAAGGCUAAGGCGGCUGGCACCCUUACUUCUGGCGAGGAAGCUAAGCUUUCCUAA